GAAGAGUGUCUGUAUGUGCAUUUGUCUCUGUACCUGCCGGUGUGUUUUUGUAUCUGCCUCUCUCUCCUGGGUCAGGCACUGAGGACCAUUCGUCUGGGAAACAUGUUCAGCUUGAUCAAACUACGGCGUGUCUUCACCGUCCACCAGGUGCCCAAAGCAUUUCAUGAGGACAGUAUAAUCUCUGGAUAUCGACACCCUCGUAGUUCGGCCACAGACUGUGUGUUGAGUCUUUUUCAGCUGACCAAUGAGACCCUCAAUGUCUGGACACACUUUCUACCAACAUGGUAUUUUCUCUGGAAGUUGAUGACAGUGUUGUUGAUGGAGGAUGUGUGGUAUAAUGAGUAUACAUGGCCUCUGCUGGUCUUCUUGUUCUCCUGCUGUGUGUAUCCACUGGCCUCCAGCUGUGCCCACACCUUCAGUACCAUGUCUCCCUGCUCUCGCCAUAUCUGUUACUUCUUUGACUAUGGAGCACUCAGCCUGUACAGUCUCGGUUCAGCGAUCAGUUACUCUGCAUAUGUUUUUCCUGACUCGUGGGUGAACAGCACAUUUCAUUCCUACUACAUUCCUGUAGCUUUACUCAACACCAUCUUAUCAACCAGCAUGGCCUGUUACUCCAGGCUUGGCCUACCAUUCCUACACUAUAACCAUGACAUCGGUGAAAGGUAACAUAAUAAACCGAGCCCAAGGCUGAGUAAAGUGUUUCGAAUUCUUGCCUUUGCCUACCCUUACCUGUUUGACAACAUUCCUCUCUUCUACAGGUUGUUUCUGUGUGUAGGUGAGGGUUGCACUGAUAAUGAAGCAAACUCCAUUCAUGUUCCCCAUAUAUUGUUUGCAUUUCUAACCGCCUUCCUGUUUGCAACCCACUUACCUGAGAGACUGGCACCUGGACGCUUUGACUACAUAGGCCACAGCCAUCAGCUGUUCCACAUAUGUGGAAUAAUUGGAACACUCUUUCAGAUGAAGGCCCUUAGAACUGACAUGGUGCUUAGACAGUCACAGCUGCUGGUCACUGCUCCACCUAUUACCUUUAACAACUCAAUUGGAACAGCUCUGGUCUGUGUGUGCAUCAGUCUGGGGAUCAUAUGUCUUCAUAUUCUACCUCUACUGAACAGCCAACCAGAUACACACCCAACAAAGAAUGAAGGAAAGAAAUGCAAGCACUAAAAAGCUCCUUAAAACAAGGAGUCUCUGAAAGAUGCAUUGCAGUCUUGCACAAGUUACCAAAGUUAUUAUAAAAGAUAUCUAGGACACUCUUACUAGAUAUUACAUAAUUAAAAUCCUCAAGAGGUGUUAGUAUGUUUACUGAAGCUAUCCAACCUGAGAUCAGAAAGAGUAAUGCAUGUGUUAACUGCAUGAACACUAUUCUCAGGGGAGAGCAAAAAAGGCACUGAAUCUCGGGACAAUAUAAGUCAUGGGAAAAUGUCAUAAUGGUCUAAUUUUUUAUGGUGUAUAGAAAUACACUCACUGAAUAAGUGAACAAUCAUGAUUAGGUUUACAGUAUCGAACUUGAAAAUGUAAAUGUAUAAAUUCAACAGAAACAUUCUAAUGUAUGUAAAUGAUUCAAUAACCUAUACGGUAAUACAUGGACUCAAAUUGUUGAAUUGUAGUGAAUCGGUUCAUUUAUGAAUUGUCCGUCCGACUAAGCUGCAUAUGAAAGAGAGGAUCGGUUGGGAUGACCUGAUUCACUAGAAUGAAACAAACUCCUAUGAGACAUAUGAGAGAGGAACAUUUGGAAUGAACAGAUUUCACUAAUGAAUCAGACUUAGGAAUGAGAGAGAAGGAACAUUUAGAUGGGUGCGUUUUAUUUGAUU